UGAUACAACUAAAUCAAAUUCAGUAUUCUUGAUUCCUCUAAAACCCUUUACAACAAACUCGAGUCCAGAGUGAGAUCAAUAGAAGAAGUUUAAUUCGUUACAAAAUCAAUCCAAAUUUUGCAAAUGUUAGACCUUUACUAAACCUUAGCUCUCUCUGUUUGAAAUCUGUAUCGUCGCCAAAGUAUGAAGCAUCUUCUUCGUCUUGCUAGUCCAAAGCCAAAUUACACUCUCAGGAGCUUCCUUUUUCACUCCGGCAAGACCACACCCUCGCCGUUGGACCCUUACGACACUCUACAGCGUCGUGUCGCGAGAGCAGGAGAUCCCUCUGCUUCCAUUAUCAGUGUAUUGGCGGGAUGGCUUGAUCAGGGUAAUCUGGUGAAGACUUCGGAGCUACAUAGCAUCAUCAAGAUGCUUCGCAAAUUCAGCCGUUUCUCUCACGCUCUCCAGAUAUCGGAUUGGAUGAGUGAGCAUAGAGUUAAUGAGAUCUCUGAGGGAGAUGUUGCGAUUCGGCUUGAUUUGACUGCCAAAGUUGGUGGUUUGGGAGAAGCAGAGAAGCUUUUCGAAGCUAUUCCUGUGGAGAGGAGGAACUACCAUCUCUACGGUGCUCUCUUGAACUGCUACGCGAGCAAGAAGGUGUUGCACAAAGCUGAGCAAGUGUUUCAGGAGAUGAAAGACCUUGGCUUCCUCAAAGGCUGUCUUCCCUACAAUGUGAUGCUAAAUCUCUAUGUUCGGACUGGGAAAUACACAAUGGUUGAGAAGUUGCUGCGUGAGAUGGAGGAUGGGACUGUCAAGCCCGACAUCUUCACGGUGAACACGCGGUUACAUGCCUAUUCGGUUAUAUCUGAUGUAGACGGGAUGGAGAAGUUUCUGAUGCGUUGUGAGGCUGACCCGGGACUCCAUUUGGACUGGCGCACAUACGCCGAUGUAGCAAACGGCUACAUAAAGGCUGGAUUAACUGAAAAGGCACUAGAGAUGCUGAGUAAAUCAGAGCAGUUGGUGACUCCUCAGAAAAGAAAGCACGCUUAUGAGGUUCUCAUGUCAUUCUAUGGGGCUGCAGGUAAGAAAGAAGAGGUGUCCCGUCUCUGGAACUUGUACAAGGAGCUGGAUGGGUUCUAUAACACUGGAUACAUAAGCGUGAUCAGUGCCCUCUUGAAGAUGGAUGACAUUGAGGAGGUUGAGAGGAUUAUGGGAGAGUGGGAAGCUGGACACUCCCUUUUCGAUAUCCGGAUCCCACACUUGUUAAUAACGGGCUACUGCAAGAAGGGGAUGAUGGAGAAGGCAGAGGAAGUAGCAAAGAUGUUGCUCGAGAAGUGGAGAGUGGAGGAUACAGGCACAUGGGAGCGUUUAGCUCUCGGAUACAAGAUGGCGGGUGAAAUGGAGAAGGCAGUGGAGAAAUGGAAGAGAGCAAUUGAGGCGAGCCAGCCAGGGUGGAGACCACACCAGGUUGUGCUGAUGAGCUGUGUAGACUAUCUGGAGGGUCAAAGAGACAUGGAGAGUUUGAGAAAGAUUUUGAGACUGUUAAGCGAGCGAGGACACAUUUCGUAUGAUCAACUACUGUACGAUAUGAACGGAGCUGGACUGAGUUGGAAGAUAGUCGCUGCAAUGGGAAAAAGUCGAUACGUUGGUAAAGGAGAAGUAAGAAUCUAGCCAGGGAUACAUUCCGUUUCAUCUACAAGCAGUUUUUUGGGUUAUGCUUAUCUUGACUCUUAAGAAUGAUUUAAGUAAUAGUAAUAGAUAAAUGUGAACGAACUAUAUGGCAAAGAGAGUUGCAAAAUUGAUUCGUAUGUUA